UUCUUUCCCUCCUGUUUAUUGUUUCAUUUGGGAAGCAAAUAUGGUGGCAUGGACAACUAAAAUACCUGGUGCAAAAUGGUCAGCUCCAUGAUCUUUGUGUGUUAAUUAAAUAACAAGAUCUAGUGGCCCGGGACAGGAACCACAUGGCUGAUGUCUAGAGUUCAAUGCUUCAUUUAAAUUCCAAAUGCUAAGGUAUGGAUGCUGAAGAUGGAACGUCAGCCCCUUCAACACCAGCAACUCCAGGAACUCCUGGUGCUCCUCUUUUUGGUGGUUUCAAACAUGAAAGAAACAGCAAUGGCAGAAACUCACUCCUCAAGAGCUUAAAAUGCUUCAGUGUGGAAGCAUGGGCUUCAGAAGAAGGAAGCUUGCCGCCUGUUUCAUGCGCGUUACCUCCUCCUCCUGUCUCACUAGCCAGAAAGGUGGGAGCAGAGUUCAUAGGUACUAUGAUAUUGAUCUUUGCAGGGACAGCCACAGCAAUUGUGAACCAAAAGACACAAGGCUCUGAAACCUUAAUUGGAUUGGCAGCCUCCAGUGGUCUAGCUGUAAUGAUUGUCAUUCUGUCAACUGGCCACAUCUCUGGAGCUCAUCUCAACCCAGCUGUGACCAUUGCUUUUGCUGCUCUCAAGCAUUUCCCAUGGAAAAAUGUUCCUGUGUACAUUGGAGCACAAAUUAUAGCAUCAUUUUGUGCUGCAUUCACACUCAAGGUAGUUUUGCACCCAAUAAUGGGUGGUGGAGUCACUGUUCCGUCUGGUAGUUACCUUCAAGCUUUUGCUUUGGAAUUCAUCAUCAGCUUUAACCUCAUGUUUGUUAUCACUGCCGUGGCCACCGACACUAGAGCUGUGGGAGAGCUUGCAGGAAUAGCAGUAGGAGCCACCGUCAUGCUCAACAUUCUAAUAGCUGGGGAGACAACUGGGGCUUCAAUGAAUCCAGUGAGAACGCUGGGACCAGCAGUAGCAGCAGGAAACUAUAAAGCCAUUUGGAUCUACCUGACUGCUCCGAUUCUUGGCGCUCUUGCUGGGGCAGGUAUUUACUCUGCAGUCAAACUGCCAAAUGAAGAUGACAACAAUCACGGGAAGCCUUCAGUGGAACAUAGUUUCAGAAGGUGAUUUCAUCAGUAAUACCAUCAGACCAUGAUAGUCACAUACUUUAGUAGAAAAUGUGCAGUUUUAUGAAUGUAAAAACUUCUGUACCAUAUUGCAUCUGGAAGGCAAGGGUGAGCUGAAUAAAACAAACUCUUUCCACUCUCUCCAAAUGUACAGAUUUUAGCAAGAUAGGAGUAUAACUUAUCAAGGAACAGAUUUUUAGCAAGAUACAAUAACGGAGAGAGGGAAGGAAGGAAAUGAUUAAAGCCCAAGUUUGAGAAGAGAACUAAUAUUGGCAAACUUAUGCAAUGUGUACUAUUGGUGAGGUUUUUACUGGAUUGUAGAAGAGACUUCUAUGUAACAUGUGUUUUCACAGAACUAGUGCUACAGGAAGUAGGACUUCUUUUUGUUUUUCUACAUCGCUCUGAAAUUUUGAAGGGGUAUGAAGUGCAGCUGAGAUACUAGUCU